AUGUCACUGCAAAAACUCAAAUGGAGCCGGGUGGGUUUGUAUGGAAGAAAAACAGAAGUGGAACAGUUAGGCAACGUACUCGAAAAAGUUACUAGCGGCGGAAGUAGAACCUUGGUCUUGAUUGAUGGUGCCAGUGGAACUGGGAAAACGGCUCUGGCUGAACAACUCAAAGAACCCAUCAAACGAGCUCAAGGCUUUCUCGUACUGGGCAAAUUUGAUCUUCAGCAAAUGAGAGAACCUUUCAGUGGCAUCAAAGUUGCAAUGGACCAAUUGUGUGGGUAUAUCUUGGCACUCAAGGAAGAGCUGCGAUCUGGCACCGGCUGCCACCACCUUGUGACCCUUAGCGAAAACAUCAUCAAAGAGCUUGGCAAAGAAAACAUCCUAUUGCUCUCCAACUUGGUACCAUCGCUUCUUCAAGUAGGCGCCAUGGGACCACAGGAGACACAACAAAACAAACAGCAAGAGACACCCGCACCAGUGGGAGGCAGUGAGACCCUGGACCAAUUGAACUUCGCCUUUCGGACGUUGGUGAAGAGCUGGAUUGGUGAUAUUGAGAACACAUCUUUGAUGAUCGUGGGGUGCUUUCGAUCCAAUGAGGCACACAAGGAUUUGGAUGAAAUGACCCAAGACAUUGAAGUCUUCAGCUUGGAACGCAACAGUGAAAUCCUCAAAAUCCACCUGGGAGAUUUGGAUCAGGAAUCAGCCCAGGCUUUCAUCGCUGAUGUCCUCAACAUGGACCCUGACCGUAUUCAGAGUCUUUCUGACAUUGUAUACCACAAGACAGGAGGAAAAAUAUUUUAUUUGAUUCAUUUCAUACAAUCUUUGGCAACAGCCGGCUUGCUGUCCUUUCAAUUUUGGAUUGGGAAUGUGGUGGAUCUCAUGAAGCAAAAACUCCAAAGCAAUUCAGCAGCUAUUCUUCCAAAGGCUGCAUGUCUUGGAGCUCGGUUUGGGUUUGAUGCUAUUUGUAUUGUCAUUAAUAAUCAGGAAUCUGCCACGCCCAUAUUGGACAGUAGUGGUGAAGUCAUCAACACUGCGACACAAGUACGACAGGCACUGCAGGAAUGUUUGGAUGAACGGUUCUUGGAGGCGUGUCCAGGUGAUGUGUUUGCCUUUCCACAUGACAAGGUGCAAGAGGCAGCACUUGCUUUACUUGGUGAGAAGGCUUUGCCAGAAAUUCGAUUCGCUAUAGGGGACUUGCUGUUGACCCAUCUUGGGGGAAAUGAGCUUGGAAAUUUAAUAUUUCCUGUGGCCAAUCUGAUGAGUGAGAAAGCACGAGAAAUGCCCAUUGGCAAUCUCAAACGCAAGGAGAUUGCCAAGCUGCAUGUUAGAGCUGGCAGUAUGGCAAUGAAUUAUGCAGCCUUUGAAGCCGCCACCAAGUAUUUUGAGACAGCAAUGGAGCUGUUGCCAGAAGACCACUGGUCAACAGAUUUUGAACUCAGUCUGACUCUAUUCACAUCUGCAGCUGAAACACAGUGUUGCAUAGGGAACUUCAGCAAAAUGAAAGGAUACUGUCAGCAAGUAUUGAAUGAACCCAAAUCUCCAGCCAGUACCCAGACACACAUUUAUGGACUUCUUGCAACUGCUGCAUUCACAGAAGAAAACUACAACAAAGCAAUCGAUUUCUGUUUUUUGAUAGUCUGA